GCGGCUUCGGUGCGCGCGCGAAUGCGCAAGCCCGCGCGCGCCUCCCCCUUGCCCCCCUCUCGCGCGCGCACACACGCACACUUCGUCUCCAGCUCUCUGCUCGCUCGCCUCGCAGUCACAGACACUUGAGCACACGAGUACACCCAGACAUCUUCGGGCUGCUAUUGGAUUGACUUUGAAGGUUCUGUGUGGGUCGCCGUGCCUGCAGCUUUGAAUCAGGUGGAGAAGCACUUCAAGGCUGGACAAAGUAAAGAUUAUUGUUAUUUUUUUUCUUUCUCCUCCUCUCUUUUAAGAAAGGAAAAUAUUCCAAGGACUAAUCUGGUCGUGUCUUCCUUCAUCAGGAACGAAUGCAGGGAUUUGGGAACUGAGCUGCGCACGUGCUGAAGAAGGAAACUUGUUUGAAGGAAGCAGGAAAGAGAAAGAAAAGGAAGGAAAAAAUACAUAAUUUCAGGGACGAGAGAGAGAAGAAACACGGGGACUAUGGGGAGAAAAAAGAUUCAGAUCACGAGGAUUAUGGAUGAGCGUAACAGACAGGUGACUUUUACGAAGAGGAAAUUUGGAUUGAUGAAGAAGGCUUAUGAGCUGAGCGUGCUGUGUGACUGUGAGAUUGCACUGAUCAUCUUCAACAGCACCAACAAGCUGUUCCAGUACGCCAGCACUGACAUGGAUAAGGUGUUGCUCAAGUACACAGAGUACAACGAGCCGCACGAGAGCCGGACGAACUCAGACAUUGUGGAGACAUUGAGAAAGAAGGGCCUCAAUGGCUGUGACAGCCCAGAUCCCGAUGCAGACGAUUCAGUAGGUCACAGCCCUGAGUCUGAGGACAAGUACAGGAAAAUUAACGAAGAUAUUGAUCUAAUGAUCAGCAGGCAAAGAUUGUGUGCUGUUCCACCUCCCAGCUUUGAGAUGCCAGUUACCAUCCCAGUGUCCAGCCAUAACAGUUUGGUAUACAGCAAUCCUGUCAGCACACUGGGAAACCCCAAUCUUCUGCCACUGGCCCACCCGUCUCUGCAGAGGAAUAGUAUGUCUCCUGGUGUAACACAUAGACCUCCAAGUGCAGGUAACACAGGUGGUCUGAUGGGUGGAGACCUUACAUCCGGUGCAGGCACCAGUGCAGGGAAUGGAUACGGCAACCCCCGGAACUCACCAGGCCUGCUGGUCUCACCUGGUAACCUGAACAAGAAUAUACAAGCCAAAUCUCCUCCCCCUAUGAAUCUAGGAAUGAAUAAUCGUAAGCCAGAUCUCCGCGUUCUUAUCCCACCUGGCAGCAAGAACACGAUGCCAUCAGUGUCUGAGGAUGUGGAUCUGCUGUUGAAUCAAAGGAUAAAUAACUCCCAGUCGGCUCAGUCAUUGGCUACCCCAGUGGUUUCCGUAGCAACUCCUACUUUACCAGGACAAGGAAUGGGAGGAUAUCCAUCAGCCAUUUCAACAACAUAUGGUACUGAGUACUCUCUGAGUAGCGCAGAUCUGUCAUCUCUGUCUGGCUUCAACACUGCCAGUGCGCUCCACCUCGGCUCUGUAACUGGCUGGCAGCAGCAGCACCUACAUAACAUGCCGCCAUCUGCCCUCAGUCAGUUGGGAGCUUGCACUAGCACUCAUUUAUCUCAGAGUUCAAAUCUCUCCCUGCCUUCUACUCAAAGCCUCAACAUCAAGUCAGAACCUGUUUCUCCUCCUAGAGACCGUACCACCACCCCUUCGAGAUACCCACAACACACGCGCCACGAGGCGGGGAGAUCUCCUGUUGACAGCUUGAGCAGCUGUAGCAGUUCCUAUGAUGGGAGCGACCGAGAGGAUCACCGGAACGAAUUCCACUCCCCCAUUGGACUCACCAGACCUUCGCCGGACGAAAGGGAAAGUCCCUCAGUCAAGCGCAUGCGACUCUCUGAAGGAUGGGCAACAUGAUCACAUUAUUACUUAAUAGUUUUUUUUUUCUUGCAGUGUGUGUGUGUGCUAUACCUUAAUGGGGAAGGGGGGGUCGAUAUGCAUUAUAUGUGCCGUGUGUGGAAAAAAAAAAAGUCAGGUACUCUGUUUUGUAAAAGUACUUUUAAAUUGCCUCAGUGAUACAGUAUAAAGAUAAACAGAAAUGCUGAGAUACGCUUAGCACUUGAGUUGUACAACAGAACACUUGUACAAAAUAGAUUUUAAGGCUAACUUCUUUUCACUGUUGUGACCCUUUGCAAAAUGUAUGUUACAAUAGAUAGUGUCAUGUUGCAGGUUCAACGUUAUUUACAUGUAAAUAGACAAAAGGAAACAUUUGCCAAAAGCGGCAGAUCUUUACUGAAAGAGAGAGCAGCUGUUAUGCAACAUAUAGAAAAAUGUAUAGAAGUUUGGACAGACCCGGCAAGUGGUGACCAACGGUAACUGUAGGAACAUGCCGGUCACCUAACAUCCAAGCACGCUCACAAACCUGCAGGCAUAUCAUUGGCGUACGGCACUCAUUCAAAAGGAUCAGAAACCAUUCAGAGAGGACCAUACCUACCUUAAAAGAAAAGAGAAGAAAGGAAAGGAAAGAAAAGGAAAGGAAAGAAAAGGAAAGGAAAAAAAGUGUGGCGUUUGAGAGCUAACAUAUUUAAUUAAAUAAAUCUGGGUCUGCAUCUCUUAUUAAAUAAAAAUAUAAAAAUAUGUACAUUACAUUUUGCUUAUUUUCAUAUAAAAGGUAAGAAAGAGUUUGCAAAGCAUUUGUGGCUUUUUGUAGUUUACUUAAGCCAAAAUGUGUUUUUCCCUCAAUAGCUUCGCUAAUAUUUUAAACAGUCCUGUAAAAACCCACCAAGGACUUUUUGUAUAGAAAGCACUACCCUAAGCCAUGAGGAUCUCCAUGCUUUGCUAACCAAGAUAACUGUUUUCUCUUUGUAGAAGUUUUGUUUUUGAAAUGUGUAUUUCUAAUUAUAUAAAAUAUUAAGAAUCUUUUAAAAAUCUGUGAAAUUAACAUGCUUGUGUAUAGCUUUCUAAUAUAUAUAAUAUUAUGGUAAUGGCAGAAGUUUGUUUUCUUAAUAGCGGGAGGGGGGUAUAUUUGUGCAGUUGCACAUUUGAGUAACUAUUUUCUUUCUGAUUUCUUUUACUCUGCAUACAUUUUAUAAGUUCAAGGUCAGCUGUCAAAAGGAUAAGCUGUGGGGUUAGAACAUAUUACAUUGCAACAUCCUAAAUUGUUUUUAAAACGUCAGCAAACUAUUGGGUCAACUGACAUCCAUUGUAUAUACUAAUUGGUUUCUUUCAAACUAUUUUUGUUUUUGUUUUUUUGGUUUUGUUUUCUUUUGUUGGUUUCUUUUCAUUUUAUCAAAAGCAGGGCCCCUUUCAGAUCCCUCCAUUUCACCACACAUCUUGGAAUUCUGUAAGUUUGUAUCCUAACUUGCCCAUAUUCUAAAUUUACAUAGUUCAUUUUCAGCCUUGAGUUUGAUGUUUUUUAGAAAUAUGCCCAGAGUAAGAAGCUGUGUUGGAGCCUAAGUCCUGCAAGCUGGGUCCUGGGGGCGACUGGCCUGCUUUACUUCAUGGAUAAGUUACAGAGUUCUGGAGGAGAACAAGGUGAAAGACUGGGUGCUGGAGAGGAAGAAAACAGUUAAAGGAUAGUUACUUGGCGUCCACCUUCAUGAUUUUAACUGACCCAUAACAAUGUUGUCAGCAGUAUAGGACUGUUGAACAGCCUGAUGUGUCAGGACCCCCAAAUGUCACUUCUGCAUAAAGCAUGUAUGUCACCUAUUUUUUCUUCAAUAAAGAAAUUUAACAGCCAUUUCAAGAAAUCCCACUUUAAAAGAAACCUUUCUCUAUGUCCCCCUCUUUUUUUUAAUUUUCAAGAUAAUUUAACUCUUGUCUAAUAUUCUUGUGUAAGGGAUUAAUUUUCAGGCCCCUUUAAAAGUGAGUGCCAUAAAGAGUCAAUAUAUAGUGUUGAAGUGAUAUUUCAGGCUAGGAAUGAUUCCCUUCUCUUGGAAUGUGAAGAUCUGUCGAUCAUCCUGUCAUUAAUCCUGGCAUACAGAACAAAGAAUGCAGUAACAUUAGUCCUGCCAGGUCAAGGGUAGGACGUGCUUAUCCAGUUUUUUCCCCUUUACCUGCAUAGUUGCUACAUGUUUCUCACUGUAAAAGGCUGCCGCUGGGUGGCAGAAGCCAAAAGACCUUAUUAACGAGGCUAUAUUUUUCUUAACUUGAUCUGCAAUCCAGAAUUAGACCACAAUGCACCUUUGGUGGUAUCCGUAUAGAAUGCUAGCCUGCCUUGUAGUAAUGUUUUAUAUAUUAAAAACAAAAUAAAGACAUCAACCAUUUCACAUAUAUUCUACUACUAAAGGUAUCAAUGGAACAUGAAGAUGAGUAUUUAGGCAGAAGCAAAACAGGAAACCAUCCUUACAAACAUGCUUACCUGCACAUCUGUUUGCAUGGUCAUGUGUACAUUCAAACAUGCACAUAAAGUGAUAAAGAAAAUCAGCCAUUAUUUCACUCCAGACUUGAUUCCAUCCUGAGAAUUCAUGUUUAUUAUUAAAUGUGUGUUAAAUAUGCAAGCAUAUCACAAAUGUUCCUUGUCCUUUCAAAGUGCAUUUGUUCAUCAAGAUCAAUAGAAUCUUACCAGUGGGUAGGAAAGGGUCAUAUAAAAUAUGAAGAAAUAGCCAUAUUAAAUUUUUAGCUGUCAUUUGCCUCCGCAACAAAGCGAGUGUAAGUGUGUAAUGCUGAAGCUAGAGUGAACUCAUGUGCCAGCAGAGGCCUCCUCUCUUUAUAGCAGUUCUGACAAUAGGUUUUGUGGGGUUUUUUGGGUUUUUUUUGUUUUUGUUUUUGUUUUUUUACAAACUCAAGAAGAACAGACUCACUUGAAAAAAUGGAUGCCAGUCACCUGGUUCCCACUACUGUCGUAGCAGAUAGCGAAGGGACAAUCUGAGACUUGUAGAGAUGAUUUAAUGAGAAGCACAAUUUUUAUUGUGACCAGUCACGUUCUAUCACCAGGCACUGUCUUGUCUUUGCCCCUGCCUUUUCUGUAACUCACCAUUUAUUGUAUUUACAAAUCUAGUAUGGGUUUUGAUCACACAAAGUUCUUUGUAUUGAGACGUCUAGGGCAGAGCUCUGGGGGAUCGUUAUUUUACAUUACCUGGCCUAGAGUAGCAUAUUAAACAACAGUCAUCAUUGCAAGUAGGAGGACCGUAAAUGGCAUUUUACAUGACUGCAAGUAUUGUUAUACCGAACCCUAUUUUAAAAGAGUUUUAGUAACGGUGAGCUGAGAAAUUCUGAUAAUGGUGAGCAGCAGGCGCAAGCCAUGCAGCCUGUGGACUGUGCACAUUGAUGUGUGGAGGCUGUUGAUUUCAACCUUUUUAAACUUGUGUUUUUUAGUAAAAUUGCUUAUUUUUUCCCAAAGGUGGAAUUUAAUGUUUUGUAAUGAUGAAUAUGAAAAUGCCUGUCAUCUUUACAUUAUUGAAAGGUUAACUAACAUGGGAAUUUCAGAGCAAAUUCCAAUACACUUUUAAAAAGCGUGUCUGCCCUCUCUCACUUCUAUGUAUUUGUUUAUCGACACACUCACCCUUUCUGAGAUAGCAUUUUGCUCCCUUGAUCCCCCCUUUUUUGUCCCUUCGAAAACUAAAUGCUUUGUAUUUCUUUCUUUUAAAAAUUUACUUUAAAGAAGAAGCCACUUGAACCUUCAAUAAAGGCUGUUGCCUAAGCAUGGCGUACUUCAUCUGUUCUCGCCUCUGCCAUCUGCUACGGUGUCGUCAGUUGUAUGGCGUUAAUUUCCUGCCACUAGAGAUAUUUUGAAGAUUGCUUGAAUGCUGGUGUCUGUUAGAAUGCUUCAGACUACAGAUGUAAUUAAAGGCUUUUCUUACUAUGUUUUAACCAAAGAUGUGGAGCAAUCCAAGCCGCAUAUCUACUGCAUUAAAUUUGUCCAUUUGGUCAUUCAUAAUCGGGUAUUGCAUUUUGCCUUCCCUGUCCAUACCUCAAAUUGAUUGAUACCUCAGUUUAAUUCAGAGAGGUUUUGCUAAGUGUUGGAUUCUCGUUGUGGUUUGAAUGCAACAGUGUACCCUUGAAGUAAACAGACAAGGGUCACUGCAGGCAUGAAGCUUGGAUUGCUUCAGAUGGUUUGCCGUAUCGUUUUUCUUCCUUUUCCUUUUCUGGGGACUUGUUUCCAUUCAAUGACAAUUAAAAUAGCUUGUAAAUGAGGGCAUACAAGCAUUUGCAACAAGUAUUCAAAUAGAGGCUCACAGCGGCAUAAGCUGGACUUUGUCGCCACUAGAUGACAAGAUGGUAUACCUAAGCUAACCACACGUGUGUAUCUCAAGGGACUUAAAUUCAGCUGUCUGUAGUGAAUUCAAGUGGGAAAUUUUCAAAAGUUUCUCCUGCUGGAAAUAAGGUAUAAUUUGUAUUUUGCAGACAAUUCAGUAAAGUUACUGGCUUUCUUAGUGA